AUGUCCGAGCUGCGGUACGAUAACCAGACCGUUGUGGUCACUGGCGCUGGCGGCGGCUUGGGAAAGGCAUAUGCUCUGUUCUUCGGCUCCCGGGGUGCCAACGUCGUUGUCAACGAUCUCGGUGGCUCUCACAAGGGCGAAGGCCAGUCGAGUAAGGCUGCCGAUGUCGUCGUCGACGAGAUUCGCAAGGCCGGCGGCAAGGCCGUCGCCAACUACGACAGCGUCGAGAAUGGCGAGGCCAUUAUCGACACCGCUAUCAAGACCUUUGGCCGAAUCGACAUCCUCAUCAACAACGCCGGUAUCCUGCGUGACAUCUCCUUCAAAAACAUGAAAGAUCAGGACUGGGAUCUGAUCAACAGAGUUCACAUUUAUGGUGCUUACAAGUGCGCCCGCGCAGCUUGGCCUCACUUCCGCAAGCAAAAGUUUGGCCGUGUCAUCAACACCGCUUCCGCCGCAGGAUUGUUUGGCAGCUUCGGCCAGGCCAACUACUCUGCUGCCAAGCUGAGCCAGGUCGGUUUCACCGAAACCCUCGCCAAAGAGGGUGCCAAGUACAACAUUAUUGCCAACGUCAUUGCUCCCAUUGCCGCCAGCCGAAUGACCGCCACUGUCAUGCCCCCCGAGGUCCUCGAGCAAUUGAAGCCCGAGUGGGUUGUUCCGCUCGUCGCAGUUCUCGUCCAUUCAUCCAACACAUCCGAGUCCGGUAGCAUCUUUGAGGUCGGCGGUGGCCACAUCGCCAAGUUGCGAUGGGAGCGUGCCAAGGGUGCUCUGCUCAAGACCGAUUCUUCAUUGACCCCACAGUCCAUUUUGGCCAAGUGGAAUGAUGUUGAAGACUUCUCUAAGCCUAGCCAUCCCACCGGCCCUGCCGAUUUCAUGACACUGUUGGAAGAAGCUCAACAACUUCCUCCUAACCCCACUGCCGCUGAUCUUGACUUCAAGGGUCGUGUGGCUUUGGUUACUGGCGGUGGAGCUGGUCUUGGACGCGCAUACUGUCUCCUCUUUGCUAAACUCGGUGCCUCGGUUGUUGUUAACGAUCUUGCUGACCCAGAGCCCGUGGUCCAGGAGAUCAUCAAGGCUGGUGGCAAGGCUGUUGGAAACAAGGCAUCAGCCGAAGAUGGUGACGCUGUGGUCAAGGCCGCUAUCGAUGCCUAUGGACGUAUCGAUAUUGUGAUCAACAAUGCCGGUAUCCUUCGUGACAAAGCUUUCACCAACAUGGAUGACAAGCUUUGGAACCAAGUGGUCAACGUCCACCUUCGCGGUACCUACAAGGUGACCAAGGCUGCCUGGCCCUACUUCCUGAAGCAGAAGUAUGGUCGUGUGGUCAACACCACCAGCACCAGUGGUAUCUACGGCAACUUUGGCCAAGCCAACUACGCUGCUGCCAAGCUUGGUAUUCUGGGAUUCUCCCGUGCUUUGGCUCUUGAAGGUGCCAAGUAUAACAUUAAAGUGAACACUAUUGCUCCUAACGCUGGUACCAACAUGACACGGUCUAUCAUGCCCGAGGAGAUGGUCCAAGCCUUCAAGCCUGAAUAUGUUGCCCCUCUUGUCGCUGCCCUUUCCUCCGACGCCGUCCCUGGAGCUGGCACCAAGGGUCUCUACGAAGUUGGCAGUGGUUGGUUCGCCAGCACUCGCUGGCAACGCAGCGGUGGUCACGGAUUCCCCAUCGACGUCAAACUGACUCCCGAAGCAGUCGCUGCUCAGUUUAAGAGGAUCAUUGACUUUGAUGACGGCCGUGCCGACCACCCUGAGGAUUCCCAGGCUGGCACCGAGCGCAUCAUGGCCAACAUGAGCAACAGAUCCAAGGGAGAGGAAGCUGCCCCUAGCGGAAAUGAAGGUAUCCUGGCCAACAUUGAAAAGGCCAAGAGCCUGACAGCCGAGGGCACUCCAUUCGACUACACCGACCGCGAUGUCAUCCUGUACAACAUCAGUCUGGGUGCUAAGCGAACAGACCUACCCUUUGUGUACGAGAACAACGAGGAUUUCCAGCCUUUCCCCACAUUCGGUGUUGUCCCCUGGUUCAACACGCAGACACCGUUCAACCUGGACGACAUUGUUGCCAACUUCUCGCCAAUGAUGUUGCUUCACGGCGAGCAGUACCUUGAGAUCCGCAAGUUCCCGAUCCCGACAGCAGCCAAGACUAUCAACGUCCCCAAGCUAGUCGACGUGAUUGACAAGGGCAACGCCGCCGUUGUUGUCUCUGGAUUCACCACCAAGGACGCACGAACCGGCGAAGACCUGUUCUACAACGAAUCCACCAUUUUCAUCCGCGGCAGCGGAGGCUUCGGCGGCUCUCCCAAGCCGACAGCAGCCCGCCCCAAGGGCGCCAUUGCCGCCUACCAACCCCCGAAGCGCCAGCCCGACGCUGUCGUUGAGGAGAAGACCUCUGAAGACCAAGCCGCGCUGUACCGUCUCAACGGAGACCGCAACCCGCUGCACAUUGACCCCGAGUUUAGCAAAGUCGGCGGCUUCAAGACACCCAUCUUGCACGGCCUCUGCUCGCUCGGCAUCUGCGGCAAGCACGUCUACCAGAAAUUCGGCGCCUUUAAGAGUCUAAAGGUCCGUUUUGCCGGUGUUGUUCUCCCUGGCCAGACCCUGCGCACGAGUCUGUGGAAGGAAGGCAACUCUGUUGUCUUCCAGGCUAUUGUUGUUGAGACCGGCAAGCCUGCUAUCUCGGGCGCUGGUGUGGAGUUGGUCGAGGGUGCCAAGGCGAAGUUGUAA